UCUCGUGAUGGCACCGCCUUCCUAGAAAAUUUCGUAUUCUUUUGGCGGGGUUUGUUUUGGUUCGUUUGAGACUGUCCCUUCGGAUGUUCGAUUCAUUUUGUAAACGUUAACUUUCCAGCUACAAAAUAUGGAGCGCGGAAGGCUGAGUCGAGUAACAAGCGGCAGACCAUCGGAGCUGCCUAUGCGAGUGCAAGACAGCAACAGGAUGAGCAUGGUGUAUACAACGCCUAAGAGCAAACAACCUUCAUUUGGAAAGCUCAACAUACCCAAACCGCAGUCUGUGAACUCUGAAAGGCGGACCAGCUUCUUUGGUCCACGGCGGACUAGUGGAGCCAGCAUGCCUCGUAACAGCACCAUGUCGGGGUUUGGAGGAAGUGAGAAGAUAAAAGACACCAGACCUCUGCAUGAUAAAGCGUUUGUUCAGCAAUGCAUCAGACAGCUGCAUGAGUUCUUGACAGAGCAGGGUUACCCGGGCACUUUGUCAGCCAAGACCCUCCAGUCUCCCUCCACCAAGGAGUUUGUGAAGGUGUUUGAGUUUGUCUACCGUCAGCUAGACCCGACCUUUGAGAUGCCAAACUCAAAAGUUGAGGAAGAGGUUCCAGCUAUCCUAAAAGCCCUGAGGUAUCCGUUUGUUCUCUCCAAGUCUUCAAUGUAUUCUGUUGGAGCUCCUCACACCUGGCCUCAGGCUCUUGCUGCUCUCAUGUGGCUAAUUGACCAAGUCAAGAUCAACUGGUGUUUGAGUAAGCAGGAGCUGCUGUUCAGUGACUUCUGCGAGGACACUGAUGAUAUCGAGGAAGGGGCCGAGUAUAACAAGCUCCUCUUGGACUACACAGCUGAGACAUACUCAAAGUUCAUGCAGGGGGAUGACACAUUUGACGAUGUGGAUGAAUUAUUCCUCAAUAAACUAAGGAAAAUUUACAACGUUGACGAAGCCCUGCUGGACUCCAUGGAGGAGAAGUACGGAAUACUCAGCACUGAGGUUGACCGACUGGAGAAGAACAGCCAGACGGACCGUCUAAUGACCAAGAGGUUGGAAAGAGUGAAGCUGCAGACAGACCUCAAGAAACUCCAGAGUUAUCGAAGCAGCCUGGAUUCCUUUACAGCCAACCUGGAGAACAAAGACUCUGAACUGAGUGAGGAGCUGGAGACCACUGGCAGUCAUCUGGAGUCUCUAAAACAUGAGCAAGAUGAACUGCUGCACCUCCUGAAGAACCAGAGGUUUACGCCGGCUGAUGUCGAGAGGAUCAACAGAGAGAAGAGAGAACUCCAACAGACCAUCUCCAGUCUCAGCAAGUCUCUUGAAGACGCUGAGCAGCACAAGUGGAAUGAGGAGAUCGCUCUGGCCAAAGUGAACGAGAAGGCGGAGUUGAAGGUAGCAGAGUACCACAAGCUGGCACGUAAACUGAAGCUGAUACCACUGUCUGCAGAGAACGCCUGUGGUCAUGAUUUUGAGAUCAGGCCGUUUGAAUGUGGACUCGGCAUGGUUCAGCAUAAAGCGCAGACACAGAUGCUCCUCAGAAAGCUCGUCAGUGACGUGGAGGAGGAGAACAGUCGAUUAGCCAACAUGAAACUCAGUCUGGAGGAGUCUAGUGAACAGGUGAAUUCUAACAUCUUGGACAAGUCCAAUGACCUGAAGCAGCUGAGAGAGCAGAUCCGCAAGGUGGAUGAACGGUUGGAUUCCGACAUGCAGGAGCUGGCCCAGGAGGAACAGGACUGGGCAGCAGAGAUGGAGUCAGUGGAGAACCAUCGUAGGCUUCUUGAGAAGAAGGUUAAUUAUGGAUACGACGAGUCAGUGCAACAACUGAAGGCAGCACAACAACAGUACCACCUGGUGCUGCAGGAGACCAAUGAGGAGAGGCGUACAGUAGCAAACAACCUAGCGUCUGUAUUUACUACAGCUGCUAACCACUUGUCAAUCACAGAGAAGUGCAUGGAGGAUCUUCACAGCAGAGUGCAGCGUGUUUGCUCUAAGGCUGUGGAAGAGGAUGAAGCUGUUGUGCAGAAGCUGAGGGAAACUUUGAAGACCUUCACAUCCAAAGCAAACAGUUUGUAAAGUGAGGCGUGAGGGUGGGGGCCUUUAAGUCGGCAGAUAAUUUAAGAGACAAUGGGUGGGGGAGUUUUUCCUGUCAUUUGUGUUUUUUUAGAAUGAAUCUUGAGAAAAGAAAGAAACGUAACACAUUAGAUUUUCAUUCAUUAGUUCUGAACAUGUUUUUGUAAUUGUAUCCUAUGACUUAUAGCCUUAGAUUAACAAAAAAUGUCACCGCCAGUUUUCUUGGUAUAAAUUAUUCUGUUUGAACAGCAGUGUGUAUUUGCAGCCACAGAAGCAUUGUAAAUACAAAGUGGUUGCAUCAAGACGGAGGUUUUGAAGUCUUAAUUCACGUUCAGUUUCAGUUAGUUAUUAACAGAAUGUUCACGUCUGUGUUUUGUGUCUGUUUCAACACUUUUAAUAAACAUUCAUAUGCUAAAUAAAAGUGACUUUAACCCUA